AUGGUAUCUGAAAUAACUUUAUAUCGAGCAAAAUUAGAACGUAAUAAACAACGUUCAUAUUCGAUUGAUGAUUUAUUAGCCGAGAUGUCAAAUGGUGGUGGUCCAGGUGGAAGUGGACGUCAACAUAUGCGCCAUUCAAAUUGGUCUAGUUUAGGUAGUCUGAAUAGUUUUGGUGAAUCGACAACAACACCACCAUCAUCCCAAGAACAUACUGGUAGUAGUGGAAGUAAUACCAAUGCUAGUGGACAACAACGUGAAACACUACAUAGUCGAUUUGAUUUUAAACAAACAUUAGGUAAAGGUACAUAUGGGAAAGUAAAAUUAGCAUUAGAUAAGCGUAAGAAUGAACAAGUUGCAAUAAAAACAAUAAAAAAAUCACGUAUUGAAAAUCCACAUGAUUUGGCAAGAAUUCGACGUGAAAUUGAUUUUAUGACAAGCCUUAACCAUCCGUAUAUUAUUAAAGUAAAAGAAGUUUAUGAAAGUCGUGAAAAAAUUAUUCUGGUUAUGGAAUAUGCAAGUGGCGGAGAAUUAUAUGAUUAUCUUAAUCGUAUGAAACGUAUACCAGAAUCUCAAGCACGAGCUAUUUUUCGACAAAUAGUUUCAGCUGUUCAUUUUCUUCAUAAAAAUCAAAUUGUUCAUAGAGAUCUAAAAUUAGAAAAUAUUCUAAUUGAUCAUAAUGGUGAUAUCAAAUUGGCUGAUUUUGGUUUAAGUAAUAGUUGGUCACCUCGUCGACUAUUACAUACCUUCUGUGGAUCACCAUUAUACGCAUCACCAGAAAUCGUUUCCGGUAUUCCAUACUAUGGUCCUGAAGUUGAUUGUUGGUCGUUGGGUGUUUUACUCUAUACCCUUGUUUUUGGUUCAAUGCCCUUUCAAGGUGGUGAUUAUAAUCGACUCGUACGGAAUAUAACUUCAGGCGAUUUCAUACAACCUCGUGAACAAUCAGGCGCCGUCGGUCUUAUACGUAAAUGUUUAACGGUAUUACCAUCAAAACGUUUUACUAUUGAUGAUAUUGCGACCCAUUGGUGGGUUAAUCUUGGCUAUAAAUAUCCACCUGUUCAUUAUUAUCUUACACCGUCAAUGAAGCAAAAUGGGAUGUUUAUGCCAUCACCAGAUAUACCAGCAAUAUCAUAUGAUGACUCAGCAAUAAAAACUACUCGAUCUAGUUCAAAAACUGUUAAACCUUCUGCACCUGUUUAUUUUCAAUCGUUACCGGUACAAAAUGGUCAUCAGGCAGAUGUUGAAAUGAACUCGAAACCAAUAACAAAUGGACAUAAUUUAAUACAACGAACACAUCGAUUGAGUGCACUUUCACUUAUACAACAUUGCUUGAAACCCGAUGCUAAUAAUCGUGCUACAACAAAAGAUAUUCUUCGUCAUAAAUGGUUAGCACAUGGACCUGUUCUUUCUAUACAAUUCAAUUCAACAACAUCAUCAGCUCUUUCACUUACUGAUCAAAAAAUAUCAAAUAAUUAUGAUACAAACCGUUUACGACCAUCACAACUACUAGCAACAUCAACAGCAACUAUUGAAAAUUCCAUAUCACCAACAAAUUCACUUGUUGAACUUGAACUUCAUACAAGUUCAUUUUUUGAUUCAACUCGUUUGCGUGACAAUUCAUCAGUAAAUAAAGAACAACAACGACGUAAUCGAGUAUCAGCAAUACCAAUAUCUACACGGUAUCUUUCAUCAAAUAAUACUAAAACAGAUUCAUCUUUAUUAUCUCGUCCUACAUAUCGACGACCAGUAAGUUUAUCUCUUGAUGAUCAACAUUCAACAAAUGAAAAAUUACAAAGACAAUCUGUUGAUAAUCGAAAUUCUCAUCAAACAGUUUCAUCAUCAUCAGCAGCAACAACAACAACAACAUAUGAUAAUAAUGAUCGAUACCAUUCAUUACAAACAACACAUCCACUAACAUUACCUUUAUCAUCUGAAUCAUCAACAACAAUAACAACACCAUCAUCAUUUCUUAUUUCAAAUGAUUUUGAUUUAACAUUAAAUGAUCUUAAAUGUAAAACAAUUUAUAAAUAUACAUCACCAGCAAAAACUGAAUAUAAUGCUACACCUCAUUUUCAAAAUUCAACAACAGCUGUUGCACCAUCUGUAUUUACAACAUCAGCUAUUAAAUUUGCUCCUGUACCUACUCGACGUAUAAGUCCAUUGAAAGAUCAGGAAAAUAAUUCGUCUAAAAGUACAGCACGACUAUUAAAUAAUACUACUUCUAAUCCGUCUUAUAAUAAUGAUGAUAGUAUCAAUAUUGCUUCUACUACUACUACUAAUAAUAAUAAUAAUAAUAGUGAACAACUAUUAACUACACUUGAAUUAUCAACACCAUAUAACAUACAUAAACAUCGUUUACUAGAUGAUAAUAAUAAUUUAGUUUCAUUAAAAGUAUAUGAGUAG